AUGAGACGAGGUGGAGGGAGGAGGCGAGCUGAAAAUGAUGGCUGGGAAAAAUGGGGUGGGUAUAUGGCUGCCAAGGUCCAGAAAUUGGAGGAACAGUUUCGGUCAGAUUCUGCUCUACAAAAGGAUGGAACUUCAUCUACGAUUUUUAGUGGAGUUGCCAUUUAUGUUAAUGGAUAUACAGAUCCUUCUGCUGAGGAAUUGCGAAAGCUAAUGAUGUUGCAUGGAGGUCAAUACCAUGUGUAUUAUUCCAGAUCCAAAACAACACACAUUAUUGCCACAAAUCUUCCAAAUGCCAAAAUUAAAGAAUUAAAGGGAGAAAAAGUAAUUCGGCCAGAAUGGAUUGUGGAAAGCAUCAAAGCUGGACGACUCCUGUCCUACAUUCCCUAUCAGCUGUACAGCAAGCAGUCCAACAUGCAGAAGGGUCUCAACUUUAAUCCUGUGUGCAAACCUGAGGAUCCUGUGCCGGGUCCAAGCAGUGUAUCCAAACAGCUGAACAACAGGGUAAAUCACAUAAUUAAGAAGAUUGAGACAGAAAAUGAAGUCAAAGUCAAUGGAAUGAACAGUUGGAAUGAAGAAGAUGCCAAUAAUGAUUUUAGUUUUGCGGAGCUGGAGCACAUCCUUCCAGGAAGGAAACAAAACGGAAUUCCGCAUCACAGAGACAGCACUGCCAUUUUUAAUGGACAUACUCCUAGCUCUAAUGGUGCCUUACAGAUGCAGGAUUGCUUGGUGCCCAUGGGCAACAGUGUUGCCAGCAGGCUUUCUCCAGACUUUGCCCAGGAGGAGGAGCAGGCUGAGAAGAGCAGCACUGACUUCAGAGACUGCAUUUUGCAUCAGUUGCAACAGAGCACUAGAAACACAGAUGCUGUGCGGAAUCCACACAGAACUCAUUCCUUCUCCUUAUCAUCUUUGCACAGUAACACUAAGAUAAAUGGUGCUCACCACUCCGCUGUUCAGGGGCCUUCAAGCACAAAAAGCACUUCAGUACCUGCUCUUAGCAAGGCAGCACCUUCAGUGCCAUCCAAACCUUCAGAUUGCAAUUUUAUUUCAGACUUCUACUCCCACUCAAGACUGCAUCACAUAUCAAUGUGGAAGUGUGAAUUGACUGAGUUUGUCAAUACCCUACAAAGACAAAGUAGUGGUAUCUUUCCAGGAAGGGAAAAGUUAAAAAAAAUGAAAACAGGCAGGUCUGCACUUGUUGUAACUGACACAGGAAAUAUGUCAGUAUUGAGUUCACCCAGGCAUCAGAGCUGUAUAAUGCAUGUUGAUAUGGAUUGCUUCUUUGUAUCAGUGGGUAUACGAAAUAGACCAGAUCUCAAAGGAAAACCAGUGGCUGUUACAAGUAACAGAGGCACAGGAAGGGCACCUUUACGUCCUGGCGCUAACCCCCAGUUGGAGUGGCAGUAUUACCAGAAUAAAAUCCUGAAAGGCAAAGCAGCAAAGAUACCAGAUUCAUCAAUGUGGGAGAAUCAAGAUUCUGCACAAGCAAAUGGGAUUGAUUCUGUUUUGUCAAAGGCUGAAAUUGCCUCUUGUAGUUACGAAGCCAGACAAGUUGGCAUUAAGAAUGGAAUGUUUUUUGGGCAAGCUAAACAACUUUGUCCUAAUCUUCAAGCUGUUCCAUAUGAUUUUCAUGCAUAUAAGGAAGUUGCACGAACAAUGUAUGAAACUUUGGCAAGCUACACACAUAACAUCGAAGCUGUGAGUUGUGAUGAAGCACUGGUAGACAUCACUGAGAUCCUUGCAGAGACCAGACUUACUCCUGAUGAAUUUGCAAAUGCUGUCCGCAUGGAAAUCAAAGACCAGACCAAAUGUGCUGCCUCUGUUGGAAUUGGUUCUAAUAUUCUUCUUGCUAGAAUGGCAACUAGAAAAGCAAAACCAGAUGGGCAGUACCACCUAAAACCAGAAGAAGUAGAUGAUUUUAUCAGAGGUCAGCUAGUUAGUAAUCUACCAGGAGUUGGACGUUCAAUGGAAUCCAAGUUGACAUCUUUGGGAAUUAAAACUUGUGGAGACUUGCAGUAUAUGACAAUGGCAAAACUCCAAAAAGAAUUUGGUCCCAAAACAGGUCAGAUGCUUUAUAGGUUCUGCCGUGGUUUGGAUGAUAGACCAGUUCGAACUGAAAAGGAAAGAAAAUCUAUUUCAGCUGAGAUCAACUAUGGAAUAAGGUUUACCCAGCCAAAAGAAGCAGAAGCUUUUCUUCUGAAUCUCUCAGAAGAAAUUCAGCGACGACUUGAAGCUGCUGGCAUGAAGGGUAAACGCCUGAUGCUCAAAAUCAUGAUACGAAAGCCUGGGGCCCCUGUAGAAACUGCAAAAUUUGGAGGCCAUGGAAUUUGUGAUAAUAUCACUAGGACUGUAACUCUUGACCAGGCAACAGAUAGUGCAAAGAUAAUUGGAAAAGCUACACUAAACAUGUUUCAUACAAUGAAACUAAAUAUAUCGGAUAUGAGAGGGGUUGGGAUUCACGUGAAUCAGUUGGUUCCGACCAACCCAGACCCUUCUUCAUGCCCCACUCGUCCAUCAGUUCUUCCUGGCGGGUCACACUCUGUCCUGGAUCUCUUCCAGGUUCAGAAAGCGAAGAAAUCCACAGAAGAGGAGCACAAAGAAGUAUUUCUGGCUGCUAUGGAUCUGGAAAUAUCAUCUGCCUCUAGAAAUUGCACUUUCUUGCCAUCUUUUUCAACACAUCUGACAUCAAGUGUCAAUCCUGUUACUAGCAAAGCUGAGUCUUCAGGGAAAUGGAAUGGUCUACAUUCUCCCAUCAGUUUAAAAUCAAGACUUAACCUGAGUAUUGAGGUUCCAUCACCUUCCCAGCUUGAUCAGUCUGUUUUAGAAGCACUUCCACCUGAUCUCCGGGAACAAGUAGAGCAAGUUUGUGCUGUUCAGCAAGGAGAGCUGCAUGGCGACAAAAAGAAAGAGCCAGUAAAUGGCUGUAAUACAGGAAUUUUGCCACAACCAGUUGGGACAGUUUUGUUACAAAUACCAGAACCUCAAGAAUCUAACAGUGAUGCAGGAAUCAAUGUCAUAGCCCUGCCAGCAUUUUCACAGGUGGACCCUGAGGUGUUUGCUGCCCUUCCUGCUGAGCUUCAGAAGGAGCUGAAGGCAGCAUAUGAUCAAAGACAAAGGCAGGGAGAGAAUGCCGUUCACCAGCAGUCAGCUGCUGCAUCUGUGCCAAAGAAUCCGUUACAUCAACUAAAACCAGCAGCAAUGAAAGAAAAGAAACGGAACAAGAAAAAAAAUCCCGUCAGUUCCCCCAAAAAAAUUCAGAGCCCUUUGAAAAACAAGUUGCUUAAUAGCCCUGUGAAAACUCUUCCAGGGGCUUGUGGGAGUCCUCAGAAGUUAAUCGAUGGGUUUCUGAAACAUGAAGGUCUUGCUUCUGAGAAACCUCUGGGAGAACUCUCUGCUUCCACUUCAGGUGUGCCAGGCCCUUCUGGUUUGCAGCCUGAGCUGUCUGGCCACGUGAGACCCCCAGCACCCAACCUAGCGGGAGCUGUUGAAUUCAGUGACGUGAAGACCUUGCUCAAAGAGUGGAUAACUACCAUUUCAGAUCCAAUGGAGGAAGACAUUCUGCAAGUUGUGAAAUACUGUACUGACCUAAUAGAGGAAAAAGAUUUGGAAAAACUGGAUCUAGUAAUAAAGUACAUGAAAAGGUUGAUGCAGCAGUCGGUGGAAUCGGUUUGGAAUAUGGCAUUUGACUUUAUUCUUGACAAUGUUCAGGUGGUUUUACAACAGACUUAUGGAAGCACAUUAAAAGUUACAUAA